AAGGCUUGCUCUUUCUUCCAAGGGGCGCCCACACGAGAGAGAGAGAGAGAGAGACACCCACCGGACUGGCUUCCAGUGAGGCCGGGCUCUUCCCCUCCCUGGCUCUCUGGCUGGCUGGCUCCUUCCCUCCUCCCCGCGAGAGGCAGGCGGCGCGCUGACUGAUCUGGCGAACAGGGGCUUCUGUGUAAACUGAGGCUAAACAAACACAGAUGGCUCCCGCGGCGUGCCUUCCCCAAAAAUGCUGGCAAUGCGGCCGGGACUUCAGAUGACAGGCUGAGCCGGGGCUGAGUGGAGGGAAGAAGCAGGAGAAGGGCUGGAAGAAGGGAGAAAAGCAGCGGACGGAGGGACUCCCAAUAUGAAGAACACGCAGCUGGCAGAGGCGGAGGCGGCGGAGGCGGCGCGUUGGAAGCGGCUCUGCCUGCAGGAGCUGAGCGGCAUCAAGAAGCUCCGCAGGAAGAGCCGGGAGCCCGCCAGGCUGCCCAUCCCUCCCCCUCCACCACCACCACCACCUCCACCCGAGGGAGCGGUGGACCUCCGGCGAGGGCGGCCCUUCCCGGCGGGGCUGCUCGGCUCCCCCUCGCCACCCGGGAAGGACGCGCCGCCGUCGAGGAUCGCGCUCUGCCCGCCGCCGGAGAGCGCCUACCCGCCGGGCUUCUCCGCCGCCCGCCCGGAGCCCCCUCGCUCCCCUUCCCCGCCUCGGAAGCGGGACCCGCCGGGCGCCUCGUCGGAGAUCAAAGCGCUGCAGCAGACGCGGCGCCUCCUGGCCAACGCCCGCGAGCGCACCCGCGUGCACACCAUCAGCGCCGCCUUCGAGGCCCUGCGCAAGCAGGUUCCCUGCUAUUCCUAUGGACAGAAGUUAUCCAAACUGGCCAUCCUGCGGAUAGCCUGUAACUAUAUCCUCUCCCUGGCUAGACUUGCAGACCUGGAUUACAGUGCUGACCACAGUAACCUGAGCUUCUCGGAAUGUGUGGAGCAGUGCACUAGGACCUUGCAAGCCGAAGGAAGGUCUAAAAAAAGGAAGGAGUGAUCACCAAAAAAAGAGUGGAAUCAGCAACCGUCCCGUCCCGUUGUUCCAUUCCAAGUUGUCGACAUUUGUGCAGCUGAAGAGAGGAAACAGUUUUCAGAAGACAUCUCUUUGAAAGAUGGAGACUGACAAUUGGAACUUCAGAAUGUGAGGAACCCUUCUGAGGAGAUGAUGUUUUCUUCUUUCUUUUUAAGCCAAUCACACUUUAGUAUGUGCAAUGUAUUGAGCACUUUCCCCCACCACCUUUGCUUCCAUAGGAAAUAUUACAUUGAGCUUCUAAUACACUGCUGUGUCAUAGUUAAUGCCAAAGAUCUGGUGGGAGUUCCUCCAUAGUUGCCCCUACCCAGAGUUUUUUUUUUAUCAUGUCAGAAGCGACUUUAGAACAUACUGCGAGUCACUUCUGGUGUGAGAGAAUUGGCCGCCUACAGAGACAUUGCCCAAGGAACGUCCGGAUGUGUUGCUGGGAGGCUUCUCUCAUGUCCCCGCAAGCUAGAGCUGACAGAUGGGAGCUCACCCUGUCUCACGGAUUCGAACUGGCAACUUUCAGGUCAGCAACCCAACCUUCAUGUCAGCAGUUCAGCCGGUACAAGGCUCCCAAAGGUGAUGAGGUGGAAACCUUCUGCAUGCAUCAGAAUCCACCGGCAAAAUUCAGAUGACCAUCAAAAUGGUUACUUUCAUUGGAAUGCUAUUAAACUGAUGAAUAAAGAUGCCCAUCUCAUUGAAGGCAAUACAGGACAGAUAUGAGACUUCAAUGAAACACAUAAUGGAUUUUUACUUUAUACAAAAGUUUGCUUUGAACUGGGGCAUUUGUUUUUCAUUUUUGCCUUAAAUAUUGCCUUCCGGGAGUUGGACACUCCGGUCCCCAUUCCUUCCUUAAAUAAUGUGGCUGUUGGCUACAAAUCAAAACCGAAAAGUUUUUCUGUAUGCCAUGACUGUGGAAUUACCUGAAGCACUGAGACGGGAAUUUGAAGCGGAGUACAGCCAAGAUGUAGAAGCAUUCGCCACAUUGCCAAUUUUCUCCCUGAUUUCCCUUUGGCAAGUUUGUUGUUCAGUUUCUUUGGCAAGAAGCAGCGUUUUUCCCUACUCACAUGCACGGGGGUAAAAAUAGUGACAAAUGCGAACUGCUACAGAAUAAGCUUUUUUUACAGUUUUUAAAAUCUAACUUUUAAUCCAAUAGAUGUGUGUGUGUGUGCAUGUGUUUGUAAGAAGAGGAAGAGAAUAGCCCAUGCAUAAAGUAGCUGAACUAUUCCAAAACUGUUUGCCAAGUUACAUUUUGGAAUUUGGACAUUUUGCAAACUCAUGUAAUGCAAAGGCAUUCGAUCUAUAUUGUAUCUUUCACUUCAAAUUGAAGUAAAAAAAAGGUAUGGAGAAACUCGGUUGGAGUAAGCUGGCUUCAUAAAUAACGCAUGUCAUCUGUACAACAUCUGCUAGUAAUGAAAUAUCUAACUUAGUUUUACAAUGAAGUAAUAAGGGCUUUUGAAGAAAAGAGGUUUCCAUAUUUCAGUCAAAAGGCAAGUAUACAUUUGCUGUACAUUGCAGGCAAAUUUGGCUUUUCUGUUAUAUACGUAUAAACUAGGUAUAGUCAUGCUUGAUUUACAUAAGUGUAAUGUAAAAAAUUGUGCCUGAAUGAUCAAUAGACAUUACCAACCAAUAAUGCUUAUCUUAUGUAUUAGAAAUUGGAGUCCCAGUGGCACAGUGGGUUUAACUGCUGAGCUGCUGAACUUGCUGACAAAAAGGUCGGCUGUUUGAAUCCAGAGAGUGGGGUGAGCUCCUGCUGUUAGCCCCAGCUUCUGCCAACCUAGCAGUUCAAAAAACAUGCAAAUGUGAGUAGAUCAAUAGGUACCACUCCAGUGGGAAGGUAACAGUGCUCCAUGCAGCCAUGCCGGCCACAUGACCUCGGCUUAAGAAAUGGAGAUGAGCACCAAUCCCCAGAGUCAGACACGACUAGACUUAAUGUCAGGGGAAAACCUUUACUUUUACUAUAUAUUAAAAGCGGCUUCUAACUAUAUACAGAACUCUGAAGGUAACCUUGAGAAGUAGUUACAGUUAGAGACUAUCUAAGCAUCUCUACUUGCAAUUUUAAUAGACAAACCCUCGUCUUCUCUACUCUUACUGAAAACUAAUUCUGGAGCUUUCCUGGCCUCCAGAAGUGGGUUCGGAGGGGCAUAUGGCAUUGGCAUGGAGAGGGUGAUUCACCCCUUCCCAGCUCAAUUAGAUCUCAUCUAAAACCUAUAAUUUCUAAGCUUCCCCCUUCUAUACUUUCCCUUCUAUCUCACAAGAGUAACUAGUUAUUUUUCAAAACACUGACGGCAAAAGAUGCUGUCUUUCAGUACAAAACCUAUUGUACUUCCUAUUGCUUCAGUAUCCGUAAUAAUGCAUGAAGCAGCAUGAAUCCUGUGAAAAUCCUCUUCCAACAUUUAAUGAGGCUACACUUCAUUGCCACAGAAAGCCACGGAAGUAACUCCUUUUGUGCUGCAAAAAUGUAUUCUUCAUUAAGUUCUCAUCACAAUGUAAUACUGAGAGUGUUUAAUAUUGAGAAAACAGAACUCAUUGGAAGUACCUUUGAAGCACUUACCAUAUAAGGUAGAAUCUCACUUAUACAAGCUAAACAGGGCGGCAGAAGCUUGGAUAAGCGAAUAUCUUGGAUAAUAAGGAGGGAUUAAGGAAAAGCCUAUUAAACAUCAAAUUAGAUUAUGAUUUUACAAAUUAAGCACCAAACAUGUUAUACAACAAAUCUGACCAAAAAAAGUAGUUCAAUAUGCAGUAAUGUUAUGUUGUAAUUACUGUAGAGGAGCCCCGGUGGCGAAGUGCGUUAAAGCACUGAGCUGGAGACCGAAAGGUCCCAGGUUCAAACCCCGGGAGCGGCGUGAGUGGCUACUGUUAGCUCCAGCUCCUGCCAACCUAGAAGUUUGAAAACAUGCCAAUGUGAGUAGAUCAAUAGGUACCGCUUUGGCGGGAAGGUAACGGCCCUACAUGCAGUCAUGCCAGCCACAUGACCUUGGAGGUGUCUACGGACAAUGCCGGCUCUUCGGCUUAGAAAUGGAGAUGAGCAUCAACCCCCAGAGUCAGACAUGACUGGACUUAACGUCAGGGGAAACUUUUACCUACCUAAUUACUGUAUUUACGAAUUUAGAACCAAAAUAUCACGAUAUAUUGAAAACAUUGACUACAAAAAUGGCUUGGAUAAUCCAGAAGCUUGGCUAAGCGAGGCUUGGAUAAGUGAGACUCUACUGUAUCAUUUAAACUUUACAAUUUUUUUCGUGUCAGGAGCGAUUUGAGAAACUGCAAGUUGCUUCUGGUGUGAGAGAAUUGGCCAUCUGCAAGGACGUUGCCCAGGGGACGCUGAGAUUUUUUUGAUGUUUUUUACCAUCCUUGUGGGAGGCUUCUCUCAGGUCCCCACAUGGAGCUGGAGCUGACAGGGGGAGCUCAUCCACACUCCUCCCGGGUUGGAUUCGAACCGGCAAUCUUCAGGUCAGCAACUCAACCUUCAAGUCAGCAGUCCUGCUGGCACAAGGGUUUAACCCAUUGCACCACCGGGGGCUCCUUAAACUUGUAAGUAAAAAUCUAGGGGAUUCAGCUACCAUUCCCCCAUAUAUAUUUUUUUUACACUGAAGGACUGACUCCCUUGUGGCUUCAUUUCAAGCAUGGCAAGCAUCAACUAGACCUCCAUUCAGUAUUUGAAGGUUCAUGACUACGUUAACUCACUGGUCCCAUUCUAGAACUAAAAUUAGAUUAAUGGGAGGCAUAGCUUAGUGAUAGUGAGCCACUCAAUGCGAGUCCCCUUUCUAAGAAAAUCUAACCUUUCAUACAGGGUUUUUUUUUUUAAUGAAGGUGUAGAGUGGCGGAUCCCGUGGCAUUCUGUGUAUAACAGCACCCUCUGGAGACAAACCAUAAAAAACGUUGUGUGUGCUCUUUGCUUUCUAUGUCUCUUUACAACACAUAAACUAUAACAUGGGAAAAUGGUUAGCGAAAAUAUACUCGGACAUUUAUGUGUUAUUUUUGUCACUGUGAACUAAAUAAAAAGCCUUACAUUUGCAGGGUGUAAUAGGAGAAAACCUA